GCUUUCAGAUGGGAAGCCAGAAAGCUUCAGAAAGAGAGAGGUACAUGACGGGCAUCUGCAGGACCCAGGAAGACAAUGAGGUACAUGGUUGGUGGCAGGAGGGGAAGGCGACAUACAACAUUGUUUUCAGGGCUGGAGGGUGGAUGGAUUUCAGCAGGGGUGACUUUUCAGACGAGAGAAAAGGCAAGCGACAGGUGACACGCCAGCAGCCUUUCUCAAACUGUGGGUCCCCAGAUGUUCUUGAACUACAACUCCCGAAUUUUCAAUAUGGUUUUGCAAGUAUCCUUUAAACACCUUCCAGAACUCAGAACUCCUAUUAGAAUAAACAAGUUCCAUUUUAAAUACUGAAAUACUAAAUAAGACGGAUAACAAUGUGUAACAGAAAAAGAAGCAUGAAAUUAGGUUAAAGGUGUGUGAAAGAAAGUAAUAGAAGUGGAAAGAAAUUGCAAUUGAGUAGAUUGGAAGUCUAACACAAAGGUGGGGUGAGGGGUGGUGGACGGUGAUGGGAAAAGGAAUUAUCUGUGAAUUAGAAAUAAAAAAUUAAAAAAAGAACUACAACUCCCAUCACCCCUAGCUAGCAAGGCCAGAGCUCAGGGAUGAUGGGAGUUGUAGUCCAACAACAUCUGGGGACCCACAGGUUGAGAACCGCUGUAGAGGUUUCUAGCAUUGUGUAAGCAUAGAGAGUUUUUUCGCCUCCCUCCCUCCCGACGCUAGGCCUCGUGAACAUCCAACGAGGCUGAAGGUUCGAAGAUUCGGGACAGAUAAAAGAAAGUGCUUCUUUCAUGGGUCACAAAGUCGGAACUACAGAACUUACUGCCACAUGAAGCAGCGAUGGCCGCCAUUUUGGACGGCUUUAAAAGAAGAUUGGGUGAAUUCAUGGAGGAUACGUCUAUCCAUGGCUAAUAGCCGCAAUGCCCAAUGCUCUGUCUUCAUGCUCGUGGCAGUCAGGCUUCUGCUGGAAACCAUGGCGAGGGAGAGGGGUCUUGUGCUUGAAUCCCGCUUGCGGGUUUCCCCGGAUAGCUCAGCCAGUAGAAGAAGAGGCUCUUAACCUCUGGGUUGUGGGUUUGAGCCCUGUGUUGGGGAAAAGAUUUCUGCACUGUAGAGGGUUGGACUAGAUCAUGGGUAGGCAAACUAAGGCCCGGGGGCCGGAUCCGGCCCAAUUGCCUUCUAAAUCCGGUCUGGGGGCAGUCCGGGAAUCAGCGUGUUUUUAUAAGAGUAGAAUGUGUCCUUUUAUUUAAAAUGCAUCUCUGGGUUAUUUGAGGGGCAAAGGAAUUCAUUCAUUAUUUUUCCCCAAAAUAUAGUCCAGCCCCCCACAAGGUCUGAGGGACGGUGGACCGACCCCCUGCUGAAAAAGUUUGCUAUAAUAUCCUAGUCACUAGAUGACCCCUGGGGUCCUUUCAAAUCCAGCAAUUCUACGCUUAUUUUAUCUGGUUGGCCACUGUGAGAAGAAGGAUGCUGGAGCAAAGGGGUCUUUGGCCUGAUCCAGUGUUCUUAUGUUCUUGAUGGAAAGCGGGGUGGGAAGGCAGGAGUUUUUAGCUGCCUGUGUCUUAGGGAAGCCCGGGCAACUGGUCCAUCAACUCAGCAUUUUCUGCUGCAUUAGUGGUUCUCUGGGGUUUUGAGCGGCAGUCUCUCCCAGCCCUACUGGGACAUAUAAUCGCAGAAUUGUAGAGUUGGAAGCAACCCUGAGGAUCAUCUAGUCCAACCCCCUGCAAGACAGGCAUACAGUGGUACCUCGGGUUAAGUACUUAAUUCGUUCCAGAGGUCCGUUCUUAACCUGAAACUGUUCUUAACCUGAAGCACCACUUUAGCUAAUGGGGCCUCCCGCUGCUGCUGCGCUGCUGGAGCACGAUUUCUGUUCUCAUCCUGAAGCAAAGUUCUUAACCCGAGGUAAUAUUUCUGGGUUAGCGGAGUCUGUAACCUGAAGCAUAUGUAACCCGAGGUACCACUGUAAUAAUAAUAAUAAUAACAACAAGAACAAUUUAUUAUUUAUACGCUGCCCAUCUGGCUGCGUUUCCCCAGCCUCUCUGGGCGGCUCCCAACAGAGUAUUAAAAACAUGAUAAAAAAUAUGAUAAAUGUACGACUUUCCCCUAUGAGGAUCAAACCUGCAACCUUGGCCUUAUCAGCUGAGCUGCCUGUGGCAGAUUUCAGGAAUAGAACCUGCAUGCAAAGGAGAUGAUCUACCAGUAAUAACAAACAAACAAACAAACAAACAAACAAACAAACAAAUAAUAAUAAUUUAUUUAUACCCUGCCCAUCUGGCUGAGUUUCCCCAGCCACUCAGGGCGGCUCCCAAUCAAAUGUUAAAAACAGUACAGCAUUAAAUAUUAAAAACUUCCCUAAACAGGGCUGCCUACCAGUGACCUACUGCCCCUCAAAGGUCCAAGAGACUGCCUUCGGUGGCGUGGCUCAGCUGUGGGAUAAAGAGGGGGCAUGGUUCGAGGACCCACGAUGACAGCCACCUUGCUUAGUCCCCCCCCCCCCCAAAAAAACGUAAAAUGCUUUGUGCGCCGCCCGGGAAUCGAACCCAGAUCGCAAGAAUGGGAAUCUUGCAUGAUACCACUACACCAGCAGCGCUGGCGACAGCUGCCUCCCUGAAGCUUAAAGGGGUUUGUGUCCGGUCAGAGCUUGGAUGGGGAGACUGCCUGGGAAACUCAUGCAUACAGCCUUGAAUUUUAUGAUGGGAAAAGGCAGGACAUAAAGGUGCGAAAGAAAAAGAAAAUGGUUUUGGAGCACCUGCAGUUAUGCCCUUCGCUCUCCUUUCCUCCUAAAAUAUCCACAUCUAAGCCAGAAUUUACAGGUACAGUGGUACCUCGGGUUAAGAACUUAAUUCGUUCUUAACCUGAAACUGUUCUUAACCAGAGGUACCACUUUAGCUAAUGGGGCCUCCCGCUGCCGCCGCCGCGCAAUUUCUGUUCUCAUCCUGAGGUAAGGUUCUUAACCCGAGGUACUAUUUCUGGAUUAGCUGAGUCUGUAACCUGAAGCGUCUGUAACCCGAGGGACCACUGUACAGCUUUUCGGUGGGAGCACGGCCGCAGAAUCAGCUCUGCCCCUCCCUCCUCCUUCUCAAAAACUAAAUUUGGGACGGAUUGCAAUUGAUGAGAACUGUCCCACCAACAAGAGGCCCAAAACACUUUAAAAUCCUUUGGAUGAAGGGCCUAAAGCCUGGGUAAUGAAAGAAUGCUUUUGCCUGGCAAUUAAAGAACUCCCAGUGGCUACACGGUGGCAAAGAGAAAAUACUUCGCACAUGCUCAAAGGAACGCCGCUGAUUGUUCAAAUCCUCAUGUGACAAGACUGCAGCUGGAAACCGCAGUCCGGGGCGAAGCUAGGAGUUGAAUUAAGCGUGGGAGGGGGGCAAAUUUCAACCUCAGCAUUUCCACAACACGUAGGGCUGGGUAUUCCCAGAGUGGUUUAACAUUCAAUUCCUCUUCACGGGAAGCUCUGGGAAUGGGAGAGGAAUAGAGGUCUUUUUGCUUCAGGAUGAGAACAGAAAUUUUGAUUGUGCUUGGAUUAUUCUGAUUAUGCACAGGGCGAGUCCCUUAAAAGAGGCCCCAUGGAUACACAGUGCACAUGUUGUUCCACGGAACUUCUUUUAAAAGACUCACCCUGUAUUUUGUGCUUUUAUUAUUUUGAUUAUGCAUUUUGUGCUUUUGUUAUUUUGAUUGUGUAUUUUGUGCUUCAUAUAUUGUAACUUUGGCCUACGGGUAUAGGAUGGCAUACGAAUCAAUAAUAAUAAUAAUAAUAAUAAUAAUAAUAAUAAUAAUAAUAAAUAGAAGUGGCAUCACGGCACUUUAAAUGUAUGGUCGUAAACGUGGUCCGAGCGACUCUCCCCCUUCCCACUCUGGAAAAUGCCAUUCUCAGCUUGCAUGAGGCCCUUUCUUCUUCCUGAAAGCUGGGGAAUUACAUUUUGCCACUGCCUCCAUCCAUCCAGCCACCCACUGCUUCCCCUCCCCUGCACAUCUCAGAAGUGGGGUUCCCCUGGGGCUCUCUCCCCCCUGACCACAGAAAAAAAAAAUCCCUGACACUUGAUGUCAUCCGGUGACAAAGCUGAGUGGAAUAAACGUUGGCUGCGUCUGGGGGGAGAAACUGUGAUCUCCUCGCAUGACUGGCAGGAAUGUUGGGGGAAACCCAGAAUGUUUGAACUGCAGCCUGAGUAACUAAAAACAAGGGGGAACCCAAAGCGAGACUCCCAGGUACAACAGUGGGAGCCAGGGAGGGGAUGCAAAAUGGCUGUAAUCAUUUGCAGAGGAUCUACCCUAUACUGCGCUUGUGGCAGUUAAAAACCUCUGGCAGCGGCUGAACGGAAAGGAAUCUGGCAACACGGCCAGCAGUCUAACUCUGUUGAUAGAUAGAUAAAACUUUAUUCGCAUUAGCCAAUGGCCAUAGCAACAGUAAAACAUUACAGUGUGCGCAGAAAACGCAAUUUGAUAUAAGAGCACAAUGUAAAGUCCUGAAUCAGCCGUCAGUUAGUGGCCCUUAUUCUGAUUGCCCCGGCUACGAACCUAGCAACCUUUGCUGUUAUCUGCUCAUUUUGAUCUGAUAUAAGAAAAGGACAUUGUGGCAGUGGUUGAGUGCCCUGGGAUGGUUAGUAGGAGCGGGGUGAUGAUCUCAUCCCUCAGGUCUUUGUAGAGAGUACAAGACAGGAGGACGUGUGCCGCUGUUUCGGUGCUACCAUCUCCACAGGGGCAAAGACGUUUCUCAGGCGGGAUCUUUUGGAAACGACCCUCAAGUACCGCAGAUGGCAAAACAUCCAGUCUUGCAAGUGUAAAAGCACAUCUGUAUUUUGGGACAAGAAGUUUGUGCAGAUAUGGGGCCAGGGAAUCAAAACGAAGGGGUGGAAAAUGAACAUACCGAGGGCAGAAUUUCCUUAUAGUGGCCAGGUUGUUCUGAUGCUCGAUAUCUUUUAGACGUUGACCAGUUAGACUGUUUGCUUUAGUAGGGCCCAUGGUGAGUAGGUGUUGUGGGAAUAGGACACAAGAGUUUUUGAUAGACGGUUUUAAGCCAGGCACUUUUAUGAGAGUCUUGAAGUACCAGGGAUAGUAAACCGGGAGGGAUUUGAGUUUAGGCGGAGCCAGAAGUUAAGAGUUCUUUGCCAAGUCCGUACUUCUAUAGAAGGGAGACUUGCCUCCAGUCUCAAUGAUGCGUUUGGGACGCAUGGCGGUACAGGAAAAAAUCUGCCUUAGAAACUUUGAUUGAGCAGUUUCCAAAGUGCUAAGGUGGUCCAAAUCUGAGCCCCAUAUAGUAGCUGUGCUAGGGGUUUAGCUUGGAAGACUUCUAGGGCUUAAAUAUAUCCACCUCGAGGGGCAGUAAAGAGAAAGGCAAAGUAGGAACAAUCAAGGCAAAGCCCCAGUCUAUAUCUGAGAAGGAAACCUCGAACCAGAGCUCUGAAACAAACAUAACAAUGGAAGUAACUUCCCAGAGCCCUGGAAAGAUAUCAACUGUCAACACGGGUAGUAGAGAGGUGGUGACGCAUAAUAUCGAUGGGAACAUACUAAAGGUCCGGCAAUUUUCGAUCCAGAAAAAAGGCUGGAGCCUAACUCCACUGAGGGAAGUGGAGGUUGUCCCCUUCUUCCCUGGCAGAGAGGUGGGACGCCAUUUUUUGAUUCACCUCAGGCAACAGAAUGUCUUGGGCUGGCCCUGCUGCCACCGCACCAGUUGCUGAUGCAGGCCAAUGGCCACGAGAGCUAAGUGGAGCCUCAGAGGCACCAUACUGUCAGACAAUAAGAGAUGGGCAUUUUCUUCCUGUCUUGCUCAAAGUAUCAGGUUGGCCACUGUGAGAAGCAGGAUAUUGGACUAUGUAGGCCUGAGUUGGUGGGAGUGGUCUUGACCUUUCUUUUCUUUACUUUCUUGCCUUGCAGCUGUGAAAUGUCCUCACCGGAAUGCCUGAAGGAGAAAGGAAUUGAGCUCCUCACCCAUUUUGACAAGGUGGGUCUUAAGGAGAUGAUAGAUGGUAGGUAGGUAGGUAGGUAGGUAGGUAGGUAGGUAGGUAGAAGAAGAAGAGUUUGGAUUUGAUAUCCCACUUUAUCACUACCCGAAGGAGUCUCAAAGCAGCUAACAUUCUCCUUUCCCUUCCUCCCCCACAACAAACACACUGUGGGGCUGAGAGACUUCAGAGAAGUGUGACUAGCCCAAGGUCACCCAGCAGCUGCAUGUGGAGGAGCGGGGAUGUGAACCCGGUUCACCAGAUUACGAGUCUACCGCUCUUAACCACUAUACCACACUGGCUGUAGGUAGGUGUAGGUGUAGGUGGGUCCCCAUGAGACAAGACACAGUGAUAACAGCAAGAACCUUUAUUGAAGAAACAGAACUGGACAACAGGGGCAAAGCAACUGCUUAUAGACAUUUCUGAAGGCCUGGGCCACUCCCACUCCCAGCGUGAUUGGCUGACCAAACUUCCAAGCUGCAAAUCAUAAGUCAGAGUUUAAGGGCCAGAGGCAGAGACCCAAAUCCUGAAAUGUUCUGUGAUUGGAUAUCAUGUAUUGAAUCAGAACACAGGGGCUCAGAAUCCGUAGUCCAGACUCAAGCUCAGGCAAACACAAACCACUGAAUACAUAACAGAUUACAUAGAUAGAUAGAUGAUAGAUAGACAGAUAGAUAGAGUGGUGCCUCGCAAGACGAAAAUAAUCCGUUCCGCGAGUCUCUUCGUUUAGCGGUUUUUUCGUCUUGCGAAGCAACCCUAUUAGCGUCUUAGCGGAUUAGCGCUAUUAGCGGUUUAGCGGCUAUUAAAGGCUUAGCGGUUUAGCGGCUAAAAGGCUAUUAGCGGCUUAGCGGCUUAGAAAAAGGGGGGGAAAGCGGGGGGAAAUCGCAAGACUCGCAAGACGUUUUCGUCUUGCGAAGCAAGCCCAUAGGGAAAUUCGUCUUGCGAAGCGCAUCGAAAAAUGGAAAACCCUUUCGUCUAGCGGGUUUUUCGUCUUGCGAGGCAUUCGUCUUGCGGGGCACCACUGUAGAUGAUAGAUAGAUGAUAGAUAGAUAGAUAGAUAGAUAGAUAGAUAGAUAGAUAGAUAGUUACACUUCUCCUCCCUGCGAACACAAAUGAAUGGCUGUAGGCAGUUGCGGAGGAACCCUCUCCGGCACCUGGGACAGGGCAGACCGUAUGGAGUGCGCAUGUGCAGCAUCGUGUACGGUUGCCGUGCGAGAGGCAGCCAGUGUGGUUGGCGUGCAAGCAGCGCCCAUGGCCGCUCUACAGCUGGGGAGGGGCAGGAGCCAUCUUGUCACUAAUGAGGGUGUGGGAGAGAUAUAAAGAUCUAAUAGAACAAAAAAACACCUUGGUGGACAAAAAAUAGAAGAAAAGACAGUGGCUGGGGAAGCCCAGCCAGAUGGGCGGGGUAUAAAUAAUAAAUUAUUAUUAUAAUUAUGACUUCACCAAUUGAAGCUUCGUUACUUAAACCGCUUGGCGAAAAAGGGAAGUGGCCUACCUAUAGAGAUUUGCUGAAGGAUCAAGAAGGAAAUUAAAAGAUUAUGAGGAAAUAAAAGAUCGUUUUCAGAGUUGGUUACACUAUAGACAAUUACAUGAGAUGUACAAGGAAGACAACCCCAACCUCUCUCACCACCAAAGGAACACAAGUGAACAACACAAGCACGCUGACACCAAACUCUACAUACAUUGAGCAUAAUAGAUACACCGCUACCCGACCCCACCCCCAUCCAUCUCCCCUCCCUCCACCCCCUUUCUUUUUUUCCCUUUUUUUUCUUCUCCCCCUAAUGCCUCAACAAAUGAAACGGAUUUGUAAAAAUGUUAUAUGGGAAAAAAAAUACGAGGCAUUACACUUACACUGUAAAACAAGAAAACCCUUAAUAAAAUAUUUAAAAAAAACAAAAACAAGAAAGGGUUUAGUUAUACAACUUCUAGAUUUCAAAAGGAAGUUAUAGAAGAAGUGAAGCUGCUGAAGAAAGCAUAUACAGUGGUACCUCGGGUUACAGACACUUCAGGUUACAAACUCCGCUAACCCAGAAAUAGUACCUCAGGUUAAGAACUUUGCUUCAGGAUGAGUACAGAGGCCCCAUUAGCUAAAGUUCUCAGGUUAAGAACAGUUUUAGGUUAAAAAUGGAUCUCCAGAACGAAUUAAGUUCUUAACCCGAGGUACCACUGUAGUAUCUUGCUAGAAUGGGAAACAAAAGAUGAGGAGGUCAAAUUAGUCAUGAUCAAAUGGGCACAAUAUAUAGGACAUAAUAUACAAUUUGAGGACUGGGGAAAACUGAGGAAAAUAGUUUUAAAAUUUGCAGACUGUUCUCUUUUGAAAGAAAACUAUAUGAAAAUGAUGUAUAGAUGGUAUAGAACACCAGUACAGAUAGCAAAAAUGUAUAAAACUGGGUCAAACACAUGUUGGAAAUGUAAAGAAAAAGAAGGUACUUUUUAUCAUAUGUGGUGGGAAUGCAGAGAAGUUAAAAAAAAUGGGAAAUGAUAUAUAAUGAAUUGAAAAAAAAUGUUUAAUUUGACAUUUGUAAAAAAAAACCAGAAACAUUUUAGUUAGCGAUUGUAGGACAAGACCUGCCAAGAAAAAUAAAGAACUUAUUUAUGUAUGCUACAGCAGCCGCGAGAGUCUUGUUAGCACAAGGAUGGAAGAAUGAGGAAAUCCCAACGAAAGAACAGUGGCAAGAAAAAUUGAUAAGCUAUGCGGAAUUGGCCAAAUUGACAUAUAAACUGCGUGAAAAGGACAACAGUGACGUCAAGGGAGAAUGGAAACUUUUUACAAAUUACUUUAAAAGUCAACAAAAUUAUUUGGACUCCUUGACAGGUUUUGAAUAAACACCCACAAAUUUAUUAGUUGAACACAGGACAGAUAAGGCAAGGAUAUGUACAAUUUUAUAAUAUGCAGAGAACAAAAUGUGCAAAGAAAUCAGAGAGGGGAGCUGAGGGAAGUCCUUGGUGGGAGGGAAAUAAUGUGACUGAUUAUGUGGACUGAUAUUUUGUUAUGCUGAAAUUGCUUAAUAAAAAUACUUCAAAAAAAAACACAACAAAAUGACAAUGGGCGAUGCUCUCCUGCAGGUUAGCCUUCGAUAUCAGCAGGCUCACGACGAACAAGUAGAUGGAACCAUGGCAUCCCAGCACUCUCACCUGCUCGGGGCUUUGCAACAGUUAUCGGGUCUGGACAAGCUGUGGGAGAGGCUAAAGUCUGACCUUCCGUGUAAGCAGAAGCUGGGCGAGCUGGAAACACGGCAGAAGACCUUGGAGAACAUUGUCUCGGUUUUGAGUCGGGAGCUGGGCAGGAGAGAGGAGGCCCCUGCAAAUGCCCUCCGAGAAGCCAUGGCCAGGAUCCUUUACCUGGAGGAGAAGGUAGGAGAAAGUCUCAUGCAGACCGCAGCUUGGAAAGACUAGGAUUCACUCUCAGGAAACACUGGAGUAGGAACAGGGAGCCUAUGGGCCUGCAGAUUUUCUUGGGCUAUGACUCCCCUGUUCCCUGACCAUUGGCUAUGCUGGUGCAAACUGGAUAUCUGGCCAUAUCUAGAAGGAUGCACUUGUCCCCACAACAGACCUUCUGCAAUUUUAUUUAGCAUUUUGUUUUGUUUUGGUCAUUAAAAAAAUUAUUUAAUCAUUUUUUCAAUACAAACAACAACCGCAAAACCACAUACAACAAAAACCACCAUAACACAAUUUGACAUUUCAGAUUUGAAUACAUUGAUAUACCUAUGACUACACCUUUUUAACAAUAUUUCCCCACCUCUCUCUCCGCCCCCCCCCCCAACUUCCCACCACUAUCCGCCUUAUCGCUUUAAUAUUCCUUCCGGAUUCCUUCAUAUUUAUCCAGUCUUAAUUUGCUUCGACAUGCGAUUCGUUCGUAUGUAGCUAAUCUGUCCAUAUUAUCAAUCCGUGUGCUCGAUGGAAUCUUUUUGCGGCUCUUCCAGUUCAGCAAAACAAGUUUUUUUGCUUCUAAUAUAGCACGGUACACCCAUUGUUAUAUAGCAUUUGUUGGCAUCCAUCUGUCUUAGGAGACAAUGGAGUGCGUCUCCGGGGGUGAAGUCAAACGGCUGCGUUAGCAAAGUGACCUUUUCGGAACGCAAACUUGGGCAGUGUGUAUGGAGGUCCUGGGCUGGCCAGAUGACAAGUCCCUGCUCUCAGCCUCGCUGAUGUGGUCCAAAGGAAAGAAGAGCAAGAGUUUUGGCACCAGCUGGGCUGCAGGAGUUGCCGAAAGGAGGCGUACAAGGCACAUAUUCAACCACCUUAGGGACUCCAUUCCAGAUUUGUGUAGGGUUUAUUCCUUAGCAUUUAUAAGGGCACUACUGGAACACUCAAAGCAGCUCCGCUACAUCAGCAGGCUGAGGAGCCUUAUCUUCCCAUGCCUGGAGGGUCAAAUUUGACAGGUGGGUGGGGCUGCCCACCUGUCAAUCACCUGGCACUUAGUGGUACCAGGUGACACUGUGCUUUGAAGUCCUUUUGCAAACACACUUAUGCUGCUAUUUAAACGUCCGGUUUCCAGAAAUUUAUAGAGUAGCACAGGGCUAUUAUUAUUAUUACUAUUUUGCAAAACACUGGUCCAGAUGAAACAAUGAUAUGACUGCAUUAGGCAGCUUCCUCCAUUCCUCCGUUACUGAAGGUAUGAAUAAUUUGAUGCAAAAGACUUGGAGGAAGAGCCUUGAGCUCAGUGACAGAGCACAAAUUUUGCCCACCACCUCUAGUUAGGGCUAGAGAACUGCUGCCAGUCAGCUGUUUUUGGACUGCAGUUCCCAUCAUCCCUGACCACUGGUCCUGCUAGCUAGGGAUGAUGGGAGUUGUAGUCCAUAAACAGCUGGAGACCCAAGUUUGGGAACCCCUGGUGUAGACAAUACUGAGAUGGUCUGAGGCAGCUCCUCUCAUGUCCCUAUGAGCAUUUUUGCUUUAUGUUCUGUUCACCUCGCACUCCAACAGACGGCAGCUUCCUCACAAUACUCCGUUCAUUUCCUUCCAGGUGCAACAACAAGACUCCCUCUUAACCCUGAAGGAUGUGAUGAUCAGCAACUUAGCAUCCCGCCUCCAAGUCUUGGAGCAAACCACGUAUGACGGGUGUUUCUUUUGGAAAGUCCCCGAGAUGGGACUCAGACUGCAGGAGGUGCAAACAGGAAACAGGCCUGCCCUGUAUUCCCCUAGUGAGUUGACCUGAAAGCGCGAGGAGGAAAGAAAUGCAAAGGGGGGUUCUGGUUUUGUAAGAACGUCCCCUGUGAAGAGGGGCCAGUUCUUAAACUGUGGUGUAGUGGUAAAGAGCGGUAGACUCGUAAUCUGGGGAACUGGGUUCGCUUCCCCGCUCCUCCACGUGCAGCUGCUGGGUGACCUUGGGCCAGUCACACUUCUUUGAAGUCUCUCAGCCCCAUUCACCUCACAGAGUGUUUGUUGUGGGGGAGGAAGGGAAAGGAGAAUGUUAGCCGCUUUGAGACUCCUUCGGGUAGUGAUAAAGCGGGGUAUCAAAUCCAAACUCUUCUUCUUCUUCAACCACUCUGGGAACUGUAUCUCUGGGAGGAGAAUAGGGGUUCCCCAACAACACCCAGGACCCUUAACAAAACUACAACUCCCAGAAUCCUAUGGGGGAAGCCAUGACUGUGGUGUGAACAUGGCCUUGAUGUUAAUAAUAAUAAUAAUAAAAUUUUAUUUAUAUCUCGCCCUCCCCAGCCGAAGCCGGGCUCAGAGCGGCUAACAACAGUAAAAUAAUACAACAUUCUCAAAUACAACUUGGGAGAUGCAAGGAAGGGAUGUGAGUCAGCACCAAUGGUGCCUCUCCAUCUCCAGCCCAGCUUGCGACAAACCAAGUUUAUCCACUCGGGUGCCAUAACCCUGUCAGUUUGCAAUUCUUAGUGCAGAAAGUAUUGAUCUGAUGUGUAGAGAUCUUUCCUAUUCUACUUAAUUCAAGAGGGUUCUGGAAGCUUCUCUGUGUGAAAGAAACAAGCAGAAGGCUCGUGAUGUUUGAGUUAUUCUUUCAGAGAAGCUGAGUACAGCUGGCCUAAACAGGUUCUGCUACCUCUUCUGUCAAGGUCAUGCUGACUAUAAAAAUAGGCCAGAAGGAGCCCGGGUUUCACUUUCUCUUUCUUUCUUUCUCUCUCUCUUCCUUCUGGUAUGGUGUUCUGUACAUAGCAUGCUUAGUGUUAAGGUUUAGACCUAUUGUAAGUUUAAGUUAAGUCUGCUGCAACUGGAUUUCUUAUGGGCAGUGCCAAUCCUGAACGUUUUGGAUUUGUGACCAUUAUGCUCAUUUGCCUUCAGUAAAGCUCUGCUGGAUGAAAUAUAAUUGCCUCUGGUCUACAGUCAUACCUUGGGUUGAAUGUGCUUCAGGUUGAGCAUUUUCGGGUUGCACUCUGCGGCGACACGGAAGUAACGGAACGCGUUACUUCCGGGUUUCGCCGCUCAUGCAUGCGCAGACGCUCAAAAUGAUGUCACGGGCAUGCGCAGAAGCGGUUAAUCGUGACCCGCGCAGUCGCGGUUUGCGUUCGCUUCAGGAUGCAAAUGGGACUCCGGAACGGAUCCCAUUCGCAUCCAGAGGUACCACUGUAUUUUGGGGGAAUCCUGCAACGUGUUUCAGUUUUUACUCUGCUAACGAUACGCAUUGGAAUUUGCUCUGGAUCAAUAUUGAGUAGACUUUCAAUGACAGACCCACCUUUUUGACGCCACCUGUUUCCUUCCCUUUUGCCCCCAAAGCGUUUUACACCAGUCGCUACGGUUACAAACUCUGCCUCAAGCUGUUCCUGAACGGAGACGGGGCAGGAGCAGGCACCCACCUCUCACUUUUCCUCGUUCUGAUGAGAGGAGAACAUGACUUCCAUCUCAAGUGGCCUUUCCGGCACAAGGUACGGGGGCUUUUGUGCUUGGGGUAUAAAGGUAAAGUAAAGGGACCCCUGACCAUUAGGUCCAGUCGUGACCGACUUUGGGGUUGCGGCGCUGAUCUCGCUUUACUGGCCGAGGGAGCCGGCGUACAGCUUCCGGGUCAUGUGGCCAGCAUGACUAAGCCGCUUCUGGCGAACCAGAGCAGCGCACGGAAACACCGUUUACCUUCCCACUGGAGCGGUACCUAUUUAUCUACUUGCACUUUGACGUGCUUUCGAACUGCUAGGUUGGCAGGAGCAGGGACCGAGCAACGGGAGCUCACCCCGUUGCGGGGAUUCGAACCACCGACCUUCUGAUCGACAAGUCCUAGGCUCUGUGGUUUAACCCACAGCACCACCCGCAUCCCUCUGGGACAUGGUCCCACUAGGGGUAUAGGAGAGUCGAAUAAGAACCAUAAGGCAGCGGUGUGGAGCCUGUAACCUAACCUUCCAAGCAUUGCUAGACUCCAGUUCCCAUCAUCCCUGACUAGCUGGAGCUGAGGGGAGUUGCUAUAACAAAACAAAACAAAACAAAAACCCUAUGGAAAAAAGCGUAUUAAAAAUUUCCUGCUCUCUGCUGCCAUCUGGUGUUGCAUAUUUAUAGCACAUCAAAUCAUUGUUUCUUUUCUAAUGUUGGUGCGUUUUUAGAGCAGGAUCUGAAAUAUUUUCCUUGAAGCUGGAUUUGGUUUUAUUCUGGAUUGUUCCACUUGAUGUUUCAAUGUUUUUGCAAACCGCUUUGAGAUCCCCCCCCCCCAAAAAAAAUAUAAAGUGGUAUAAAAAUGAUAAUAAUAAUAACAACAAUAAAAACUCCAUGGAAGACGGUGCCUAGACAUGCCGUUGUGGUUUAAGGUUCCAUUUGACAAUGAGCUCAUAUAUAUCUAACACUGCCAAUGACGUAUGAAAGGCCACUUGGAAGCUGUGAUGGUUACAAUUUAUUUGAGAUUUGCAAUUGAGAGACAUGCCUUCUUUUGCCCUCUCCCCCCCCCCCCAGGUCACCUUCACUCUCCUAGAUCAAGUCAACAAGCGCCACAUCUCCACCUCCUUCCGCCCCUUGGAGACCUCGUCCUCCUUCCAGCGCCCCACGAGCGAAGCCAACGUGGCCAGCGGCCUGCCCGAAUUCUGCCCCUUGAACUUGCUCCAUGCCCCGGGGGCUACCUAUAUCCAUAACGACACAUUAGCCAUUCAAGCUGUGAUAGACACAAAGGCUUAGACUUCGGGUGACUUUCGCCCUUCCUACCAUAUAUGGCUGCUGCUCCGAGAGACCGAGGUGGCAAGUUUCCAAAGGCCUCUGCCCAAAGGGACCCUUUGCUGCAUUCUUCACAGUCUCUUCUCAAACGGGGUGCGACUGGAAAAAGAAAAAAAAGGAAACCUUUGGAAGCUUCCCUUGCCCCCCCCCAAACGCUAGCAAGACAGGGCAGCGAGCGCUCUGUGCUAUCCGAAGAGGAAGAAAGUAAAUUCAGCACCCAAAACAUGGCAGGCUCUAUAAACUUAGUAAUUUAUUCCAAGAGCUGUGUAGCGCUUUCGUGUAAAAUCCAGGCUGUUGCGGCAUGGAUGAAAGGUGUGAACUUAAAAAAAAAGAGUGUUUCUGCCUUAAUUCUAGUAUCUCAACAGGUAAAGCUUCCCCCCUCCCUGUGGCACCAUGCCAAGACUGCACCUGUUGGUUUUCCGCCUGCUGUACCUGAAACCAGCGACCCACCAGGCCUUCAAUGUUGUUGUUUUCUUCUCCCUUGCCUUCUUAGGACUGCAAAGUCAGGGAGGUUGUCAAGUUACCUGAAAAGACCUCAAUACACGAUGGUCUCCUCAGAAGCGCAGCGUAGCACCAACAGUCUUGUUUGUAGGCACCCAGAACUUUUGGCCAUUAAAGUAUUGAGAUAUGAGGUCUAUUUCCCUUGUACUACGGUGGGUAGGAUUUGUGCUUUUUACAAGUAUGGAUGGGUGAGCAUUUGUAGGUUUUGUGUUUUCGUUUUCCCAAAUGACUUGGAUGUGUUUCGCCGUUAUUUUUAUCUUACUAAAUUCGUAAUUGCUCUGGAACACAUUUGCGUGACAGGCAAUGGGAUAAUGAUCAUAAUAAUGAUCGCAACGACUGUAAAUGAUGUGAUACAGUCACGGUUGCGCUAAGAACAGGCCCCAACGCUUAGACUUGAUUUCAUCGGAACUGAGUUAAGAUGGUGGCUGCCAGCAACAAAAAGACCUUUGGAUUGAUUCGGCAGAAACACCAGCGUGUGAGGAGAUGCUGCGAACUUAUAGAGUGUAGCGUUCCCAAAGCAAGGAAGGAUUGGACUCUGAUUAAUAAAAUACAGACGAGGCUUGAACAGCAAGACUCUGGGAGGAGUGCGUAUAAUAAUAAUAAUUCUCUCCACCCUUCGGCCCAGGUUGUUUUAUUCACAAAAGAACUUUUUACACAGUGUUUGUAAGAACCAAUCAGAUUUCCUCUGAGCAUUUCAAAAAAACGUGGGGACAAAGUUAAAAGUUAAAACUACAAAGAGCUAAUUUGAGCAUGCAUAGUAGUCCAGAGUAAAUAAAAUAGGAAGCAAGGAGGAAUGCUUUUAGGAAACCCCGGAGGUCAUAAACAGGAGUAAACAGGAGAGGCGGGAUGGCAGUAUUUACCAUCUCUUUGUGAACUCUCUUCCUGGCCCUAAGAUUAACAAAACUAACAAUAGCUACAUCAAAGAAGCUACCUACUAUCUUUAUGACCCAGGAUGCCUGAUGAACAACCAGUCUGUGUUUAGAAUGCUUAUACAUGCCUGUCAGGCGUAGAGAAAUCAAAUGGCAGAGAUGGAGAAGCUUGUGGGAUUUGAUCAGAAAUUAUUGUCAAUGAAUCAAACCCGGUCAACGCAAUGCUUUCAUCGUGAACACAAUGGCUUGAUGCAUAUUUUAUAAUUCCUCGUAGUGAUCCCAUCUGAUCACUACAAUAGAGGGGAAUCACACACAUAAAACCCACACAGAAACGCAUCAUUGCUUGUUUUAACUUGCUUGUGGGAACAACUCAGAGACUGUGAAAGAAGGAAGGUUAACAACCGAAAGAAUUAGAGGAACCAUCGGAAGUGACUAUGUAAAGCAGUAGAAGUAUGAGAUGAUGAGAACCCUCCAAACUUAGAAUCAUAGAAUCAUAGAGUUGGAAGAGACCACAAGGGCCAUCGAGUCCAACCCCCUGCCAAGCAGGAAACACCAUCAGAGCACUCCUGACAUAUGGUUGUCAAGCCUCUGCUUAAAGACCUCCAAAGAAGGAGACUCCACCACACUCCUUGGCAGCAAAUUCCACUGUCGAACAGCUCUUACUGUCAGGAAGUUCUUCCUAAUGGAAGAAUUCAUUAGGAGAAGUUCCUCCUAAUGAAGCAUGGGAGGUCCUAUUUAAAAAAUUAUAAUUUGGCAGAAUAUUUGGAUUAUUUGAUAUGUAUAUGUAUAAUUUGGAAUAUUUAAUGUGAUUGGAUUGGAUUGUUAAAGUGGAAAAUUUAAUAAAAAUGAAUUUUUU